AUGGCGGCUUCGUCACAGCUCACUUACAGCGCCCCCUGUAAAUAUCUGGGAAGCAUUGGACCACUCCCCUUGUUUCAGCGAGUCAUUCCCGUCCACAGCUGGCCCACGAUGGACACGUCUCCCUUGAAAAACCUCCUUGUGGGCCGUUUAAUGCCAGAGAAAUGCUACGAGGAGCUUUUUGUCCGCUUGCAUUUGCACGGUCCCUGUCUAAAGUUUGUGUUGAACAAAAUUGUCGGAUUUUGGAUCAUACUGGACACAUUUUUGGCACAGUUCCCUCAGCUGCUGAAGCUGCUGUGGAGAGGAAGUGCAGAAGGCCUGAGUCUGACCGCCUUCCUGCUGCAGCUCUAUGCUUUGUCAUGUCCGGUCGUCUACGCUGCAGCCAACAACUUCCCGUUCUUUGCCUGGGCUGAGAGGCUCUUCACUUCGGCUCAGACAGCAACCAUCAUCUUCCUCAUCCUGCAUUAUCGCGGUGAAACCCUCAAAGGAUUUCUACUGCUCUUGGGUUUUGGUGGCGUAAUCCUCCUCCUGGUUUCGUUUGCGGCUGCGGCCGUCAUCAGACUGGUGUACACCUCCACUUUGGCAGCUUUCAUUUUAAGCAAGGUUGUGCAAAUUGUGACAAACUACCAGGAUGGCCACACAGGGCAGCUGUCCAGCCUGUCAGCGUUACUGUCAUGUACAGGUGCCCUUGGUGCUGCCAUUGUUUCCGUACAGGAGAGCGGAGGAUCUUUCACUACUUUGUCUCACAUCCUGUCCACGUGUCUCAGCUUUGUCCUAAUGGCUCAGAUCGUCUGCUACAGGAGGAGCACUGGCUCUGCUGCCAAGAAGACAGAUUAGCUUCAGAGGCAGCAAGUUUUUCUAUCACUAAGAUACUGAUGUAUGAAUGAUUUUAAUAAUAUGUAGUUGUUGUGCAACAAUGUGUGAAGGAUAUUUCCUCUCUAAUAUAAGGCGCAUGUUGUGUUUAUUAUUA